AUGGAGAUUAUUGCCGUAGCUGUACUAUUAGUGACUGUGGGACAGGCGUUUACGAAGCCUUUACCUGUAAACAACACACUGACUUGGAAUGACGCAGAGGAAUAUCUCAGACGGUACUACGGCAUGCCGGUCGGUCUGCUGGGAAAAUCCCAAUCUUCAGAUGUGAUGACUGAGAAGAUCCGCGCCAUGCAGUCGUUCUUCAAGCUGGAGGUCACUGGGAAGCUGGACGACAACACGGUGGAAAUCAUGAAGAAGGCCAGAUGUGGUGUACCAGACGUAGCAGGGUACAGUCUCUUCCCCGGAAACCUCAAAUGGGAAAAAACGCUUGUGACGUUCAGGAUAACAAACUACACUCCUGAUCUGAAAAAGAAGGAUGUUGACUCAGCCAUUCAUAACGCCUUGAAGGUCUGGAGCAACGUGACUCCUUUGAAGUUCAAGAAGCUGCAUACAGGAACCGCUGACAUCAUGAUCGGCUUUGGGAGACUAGAACAUGGAGACCACAAUCCCUUCGACGGCCCCGAGGGACUCCUCGCCCACGCUUACCCACCGGGACCAGGCAUCGGUGGAGACACACACUUUGACGAAGAUGAAAGAUGGACAAAAGACUCAAAUGCGUAUAACCUGUUCUUAGUCGCAGCUCAUGAAUUCGGUCACGCGCUCGGCAUGGAUCAUUCUAAUGAUCCUGGCUCGCUGAUGUUCCCAGUUUACACAUACGCCAGGGGGUUCCCUCUGUCUGAAGAUGACGUCAAAGGCAUACAAGAACUCUAUGGUCCCAAUCCAGAUCACAAGAAAGUCAAACCCAAACCUGAGGCUCCAAAGAAAUGCGAUCCUGAGUUAAGCAUCGAUGCUGUGACGGAGCUCCGUGGAGAGUUGCUCAUUUUCAAAGACAGCUAUUUCUGGCGUCUGCACCCACAGUUCACUGAACCUGCACUCUCGAUCAUUCAAGUCACUUGGCCUCAACUCCCAAAGAAAAUAAACGCAGCUUAUGAGAACCCAGAGAAAGACAUUAUCAUCGUAUUCAGUGGUAUCAGAAUGUGGGCUCUUAAUGGUUACAACCUGGUGCCAGGCUACCCAAAAUACAUCCACACACUGGGACUCCCAAAAUCCAUCCGCAAAAUAGAUGCAGCGGUUUACAUUUCUGACACGGGCAAGACUUUGCUCUUCACCGAUGAGGAGUACUGGAGUUACGAUGAACAGAGCAGCACCAUGGAUCACGGAUACCCCAGGUCCAUCGUGGAUGACUUUCCUGGGAUGCAAGAGAGAGAUGGGGACGAGGUGGACGAGGUGGAUGCUGCCACCUAUAAAAAUGGAUACUUGUACUUGUACCAUGAGAACCUGCAGUAUGAGUACAGCUACAAUAGACGGAAAGUCGUACGCAUCAUGAGAGCCAACGAAAUGCUGAACUGCUGAGUUCUUACAGUGUACACGUCUCAAAACAUUUACUUACUUUUUAAAAUAGGAUUUGUUUGAUGGUUAAUUUUCUUUCUUUUUUUUAAUUUAUGAAUUUGUAACUACUGAGCUGGUUCAGUAAGAAAAAAAAGCAACAGUUAUGACUGUUCAUGCAUGUAUUUAUAGUUUGGUGAAAUUGUACCUAAGGGCGGUGUUCAUAAGGCAACAUAACAUCUAUAUAAUAUAUACUGAACCUUUAUGACAAGCGUCAGGUGUCAUAAAGACCUUUUUUUCACUUAACUCCGGUGCGUUAUGUCAAUUUGACAACAUAAUUGACAACAGCGCUGUUUAUAACAGUGGAUAUAAGUGUACAUAGAUAUUAUUCCCAAUAAUGGGCUUAUUCCUGCAGGCAUCAGGUGUCAUAAAGACCACUUUUGUAAUUUAUAAUGUCAUUUUUAUAAUGUCAUUGAACUCAUGUUUUAUGUGAACCUAACAUCAUAAUUGACAAAAUAGAUAUUUAUUACACUUCAUAUAAACAUACAUUGAAAUUUUUCUAUAUUAAAGCUUAUUCCAACAGCCAUGUGAUGCUAUUAAGACCAUUUUAGCAAUUAUGAUGUCAUUUGUCUGAGGCAUUAUAACAA